CCGCGAUCGGAAGUUACGUCACGUACGGUAAAUUCUAGGUAGCUGGCAGUUUCCUUCUUCUCAGUGCCUGUUAGCCAUUGUCGACUCUGCUUACCGGGUUACUGGAGUUUGAGAGACAAGAGCUGACAUCGUACGUUUAACAUAGAAGGAGAGAGAAGUAAAGAGAAAGUUACUUACAUUUGAGAUAAAAUAGUCAGCCGAACAAGAUGUAUACUAACGGUUACACACAACAAACUUCUUUCAGACCCAGAGCUAACAGAGAGUAUGGCAACAGGGGUGUAGGCGGAGGAACUUAUUGGAACAGUCAACAACAAAAUCCAAAUAAAUUCAACAACAUGAACAACAAUCCCAACAAAAAACAACAGCAACAGCAAAACCAACAAAAUAACCAGAAGAAAGCCCCUGGUGAUUUGUUGAAAAAACCAGACUGGGACAUGGAAGCACUACCAGCGAUUACUAAAAAUCUCUACGUACCCCAUCCAAAUAUCAGAAGCCGUUCACCCGAUGACGUUCACAAGUACCACGCUGGAAAAGAAAUAACUGUCAAGGGAAACAAUACUCCACUACCGAUCCAAGCUUUUGAAGAGAGUAAUUUUCCAGAUUAUGUAAUGCAAGAAAUUGGUAAGCAAGGAUUUCAAGAACCGACGGCCAUUCAAGCUCAGGGCUGGCCCAUUGCUCUCAGCGGUCGUGACAUGGUUGGUAUUGCUCAAACCGGAUCGGGAAAAACCUUAGCAUAUAUCCUCCCAGCAACGGUACACAUCAAUCACCAGCCGCGAUUAAGCCGUGGAGAAGGUCCGAUCGUCUUGGUAUUAGCUCCAACGCGUGAGCUGGCUCAACAGAUCCAGUCAGUAGCACGAGACUUUGGAUCCUCAUCAUGCAUUCGCAAUACUUGUAUAUUCGGUGGGUCUCCCAAAGGACCCCAAGCCCGGGAUCUCGAGCGUGGAGUUGAGAUCUGCAUCGCGACACCUGGACGUUUGAUUGACUUCCUGGAGAAAGGCACAACCAACCUGAGAAGAUGUACUUACCUUGUAUUGGACGAGGCUGACCGUAUGCUGGACAUGGGAUUCGAGCCACAGAUCCGCAAAAUAAUCGAACAAAUCAGGCCAGACAGACAAGUUCUGAUGUGGUCUGCAACUUGGCCGAAAGAAGUUCAGGCUCUUGCUGAAGAUUUCCUCACUGAUUACAUUCAGAUCAAUAUUGGAUCUUUAACUCUUGCUGCAAAUCACAAUAUUCGUCAGAUUGUUGAAAUUUGUCAAGAACACGAGAAAGAGUCUAAGCUAACGGGGUUACUGAGAGAAAUAGGCUGUGAGAGAGGAAACAAAACGAUAAUAUUCGUCGAGACAAAGAAGAAAGUCGAUGACAUUACAAAAGCGAUAAAGCGGGAAGGCUGGUCUGCGAUUGCUAUUCACGGUGAUAAAUCUCAACCGGAGCGUGAUUACGUUUUGUCUGAGUUUAGAAAUGGCAAGACAGCAAUCCUAGUUGCAACUGAUGUAGCAGCUCGUGGUCUUGAUGUUGAAGAUGUUAAGUACGUUGUCAACUUCGAUUAUCCAAACAGUUCCGAGGAUUACAUCCACAGAAUUGGAAGAACAGGACGUUGUCAGAGCGCAGGUACAGCUUACGCGUACUUCACCCCCAACAACGCCCGACAGGCCAAGGAAUUGAUAUCCGUGCUCGAGGAAGCUGGCCAGAUAAUCAACCCACAGCUGUCUGAGCUGGCAAGUGCGCAGCGCGGCCAGUUUGGCAAGAAUCGUCAGCGGUGGAAUCCUGCCAGAUCUUCACCAAACAACAACCCGAACUCCAGCCCCAGAGGCAACGCCGGCAGUCCUACUGGCACUUGGUCCAACAAUCAGCAGACGAACGUGUACCAACAACAGCAACACAACUCUUAUGAGAGAUCCAACAUGCAUCGCCAGCAAAACGGAUACGUUCCUCGCCAGCAGAAUAAUUACCAGAACGGCAAUUACCAGCAGCAGCAGCAACAACAACAACAACAACAACAACAACAGCAGCAGCAACAACAGACCCAACAGCGUCAAUCAAACACCGGUUACCAACAAAACAACUACCAUCAGUCCCAAAAUUCUCCCAAUUACCAGGGCCAGAAUGGAGGACAACGGUACCAGCCUCGUUCCGCGUAUCAAAAUAACCGCAGCAUGAAUCCUCAACGACAACAAAGCGCGUACGCUGGAAAUCAGAACGGGCAGAAUGUCUACUCGAUGCCACCACCAUUCCUAAUGCCGUCUAACGGUCACACUGAUUCGGGAAUACAGAGUCUAGUUAGUAACAAGUUCUUCCAGACAAACAGACCACCACCAACUGCCAACGCAUGUGCAUAUCAAUCAAUGGGAUACGGUCAGUUCCAAGCUGUUUCACCCUACGGAUAUCCUUACCCACCAACACCCGUUCAACAGUGAUUCUCCAGUACUAGAGGUAAAUUUAUAUAAAAGUUUGCGUCGAAAUAAGGAUCAAUUAUUAUCGUCAAUUGCGUUAUAUAAAAAAUACGCUUUGACAUUAUUCUUAUAAUUUUUUUUUUCUUUAUAAAUCACCAAAUGGGCUUUUUAUUGUUAAAUCAAUAUAUCUCCUUCGUCUAAUGUCUUUACAAUAAUCUUAAUAAUUUUAUUUUAAUUAAUGCAUAUAUAUUUAUAUAAUAAUAUUAAUAAUACUAGUUCUUUUUUUUUUUUUUUUUUGUUUGGUUGUUUGGUGGUUAUACUAUUCGUACUUUUCUGGAAUGGUGCUCAUUGGCGAAUAAAUUUUCAGCCUUGAGGAUAAAUAAACUUUAAUCGCUAAAAUCAAAGUUAACACAUGACAAGCUUAUUCAUUAAAUUUAUUAUCUAAGGCCUACGAUGUUAUAAAUCAUAGCCAAUUAAUAAUAAUGAAUAUUUCGGUUUAUCUGGUAAUUUUACACAUAUAUAUUUAUUGUUUUACAAAGUACAAUUUCAUCCUGAUACGCGAUAUCAAGGGAUGGACAUAAUUAAAAGAAUUGAAAGGUAAAUAAUUAAAAUUAAAUUAAUAAAUGCGCCAAUUAUUUGAGGCACAUUCCAGUCGAGUUUUGACUUUAAAUAAUAGCUCGAUAGCGGUGGUAUAAUAAUAACUAUUAUAAUAUAUUAAUCGUAAAAAAAAAAAACAAUAUUUGGUAAAUGACCACGGAUGUAGUUUUUAAUUGAUGGUCAUUAAAAAUAUUAUAUUAUAUUGAUGAAUAGUAAUCUCUUUGCAGUAAUAAUGUAAAACUAUUAUCUGUAUGCUUUUCUGAAAUGCACGAAACGUAUAGAAGGGGGGUGGGCUAGGAUUAAUGAUUUAUAAUGUUUAUUUAUAACUUUGCGUAUGCUGAAGACAUUCUAUUUAAAAAUUAAAAAGAUGUAAGAAAACAAAUAAGGCCUUUUGCAUAAAAAUUAAGCUCUGCGUCCAAUAAGAAACAAAAUAAUAAUAAAAUAAAGUUUAAUAAACCAGUGUGGGAUUUUAGAUAUUAAUAAAUCUCUUCGUACUCGAGACUGAUAGAUAAUAUGUCUCGGUUAAAAACGUCUUUCAAUGUUUUUGAAGCUCUUAAAAAGGACGAUUGACUAUUAUCGAAUAAAUAAACAAAUGUCAAGUUAAAAGGGCGCGUAGUUGCAUGGCUGUAAAGCUCGGUACCUUAUUUUUGUAUGAAAUAAAACUAAUUAAAAAGAAAAAAAAAUAAGUAAUUAACAAUUUGUUGUUAGAUCAACGAGUUAAUAAUAUAAAUAAAAGUUUAUAUUUAUGCAACUGGCCACCGAGUGGUCCCAUUUUGCACGCCCUCGUGCAGGCACGUGCAGGCUGUGGCUGCCAAUCGUAAACCCAAUUGUACCUGUUUUAGUUGACGCGUCUAAAAAUUUAAUUAGUAUAAAGAUAAAAGAAGAAAAAAAAAACAUACUUUUAAAAAUUGUUUUUUCUUAUUAUUUUUUUUUUAUGUCAUCAUUUACGUUUUAGUUAUUAUAUUACUCUGUGAGUCUAGGUUGUUUGUAAUGUAACAUUAAUAAUCUGUUAAAUAAGUAAAGUCGCAUAAAGAUACUAUACUACUAUCGAAAUACUACGAGGCUAACAGGUGUCAAACGCUAAUUUUAAUGGCUCGUGUAUAGGGCAGUUCCUUUUCAGUCUUGGGCAAUUUUAAUAAAUACCCAAGUACUGCGUUUUUUAAUUAAUAAAUAAAGGUUAAAGAAAAAUAAAUAGAGAGCAAACAAAUGAGGAUAAAUAAAAAAUGAAAAUGAUCAUUUAUUGUAACGAGGAUCCCUGCGACCAAUAUUUAAACAAAAUUGUUUGUAUAUUAUUAUUAUUAUUACUAUUAUUAUGUUUACUGUAACUAAUAUUGUGAUCCUUGAUUGAAAAUCUAGCGUCUGUUCGAUGAUAAUUUAAUAAUUGUUCAGUGUAUUUUUUAUUUAAGAGCCACGUUCUGUUAUUGUGUAGUUUAUGUCAGGCCAUUUAAUUAGUCUCUAUAAUAUUAUAAUUAUAAAUACUACUAUUAAUUAUUAUUAUUAUUAUUAUUAUUAUUAUCGUUGUUGUUAUUAUUAAUUUUAGUUUAAAGUGGUCUUGCAUAUUUAAACUCACGCACACGUCAAUUUUUUUUUCUAUUAAUUAUUUUUAAUCAUUAUUAUUGAUGUGUCAUUAAUUAAAAUCCGAUUUGGAAGUAAUGAGAUAUAUUAUUGUUGUAUCUUUUUACUCGAAUUUAAGCUUUUUUCCUCAACAAACAUGACAAUCGACAGACGCUGAGAUAGUUAUUGUUAAAUAAAAAAAAAAAAAAUGAAACAAAUAAUGGAGGAUAAUUAAAUAGCAAAAAGAGAGAAAGUGAGCAUGAGUGAGAUAAAUAAAAGUAAAUAAUAAAAAGAGAAAGCUUACAAAUCGCAAGUGAUAAAACUGCAGGAGGCUGCCGUACAUUAGCGUAUUCUCUCUGUCGAAUUUAUAAUGACACUUAGUUUUUUUACUUUAGCAAGAAAAAAAAAUAAUUAAAUUAUUAAAAAUAAUAAUUGUAAUAACAAUGAUAAUAUCAAAGUUUUUUAUAAGUAAUAUUAAUGAGUAAUCUAAUAUUAUUAAAGAGAAUUUAAAUAAAUAAAUAUGUCACUUGGAUAUCGAUAGGGAGUUUACGCGUAGCUCUGUGAUAUGUAAUAUGUGUAGCGCACGGAUAAAUUUUAAUGAAAUAAAAUUUUUAUGCGCAGCAUGGUUAUAAUAGGGAAACGUAUCUCAUCAAUUUUAUAUAUGUGGUAUACCAUAUCAUGUUAUCUCGAUGGGGAUUUUGCUGUCGACUGGCGGAAAUUGAUACAUACAAACAAAUUAUUUAUUUAAUAACACAAGAGUAAAGAGAAAAAAAAAAAAAAAAACAUUAUUAUUGAUAAAUUAAGGCAGUUUAUGAGUCUCCCAAUUUAAAAAUUGGUAUUUAUUGUAAACCAAUUUUAAUGAAACUUAUUUACAAAGAAAAAUCUAUUAAACGCGUUCUAAAUAAGUGGUGAGCAAGUGCGAGCGAACGUGAGGGAGAGAAAGGUAGAAUAACGAGGAUUAGAGCGAGCGAAAUAAUUAAAAAAAUAAACAAAUGAAGAUAAAUAAAUAACAAUAAAAUAAUAAUGAAUCAACUUUAUUACAAAAUAGUUAAUAGAAUAAACGGGGCAACGACGAGACCUCUGCUAACUGAUACUUUCUGAGUACUCUGACUGUGUUAGGUAUAUUAAGAAUAGCUGAUAAUUAUUUUUUGAAAAAUAAUAAAAGAAAAUGAAUAAAGAGAUGUUUUUAAAUAAAAUAAAAUAAUUAAAAU